UCCUCUUGCUCGUAACGCACGUAGCUCUCGGACAGCUGCUGCUCUCAUGUCUCCCCUGGUCUCUUUGCUUGUUUUCAGCAGAACUUCAGAAUUUGUCAGUUCUGCAGCUCUCUGACAACCUGCUCUUUCGGUGUGUCUUACCCCAGUCGGAAGAGAUGAUCCGGCUCUGGCUCAAAGCGGCGGUCGUACUCUGGGUCGUCCCUGGGUCUCUGGGAACCGCAACCCGGCUGUACACGGAGGAGGACCCGCUGGUGAUCCUCAGUAGCAGCAGCCUGAAGCCCAGCGUCAUUAACUCGUCCUCGGCCUGGCUGGUCCAGUUUUUCUCCUCUUGGUGUGGACACUGCAUCCAGUACUCCAGCACAUGGAAGGCUCUGGCCCAGGAUGUCAAAGACUGGCAGCAGGUGGUCAGUGUGGCGGUGUUGGACUGCGCUCAGGAGGAAAACUUUGACAUCUGUAAAGAGUUCAGCAUCAAGUUCUACCCGACAUUCAGAUAUUUCCGGGCUCACAGUGCAGAGACAGAUAGAGGGACACCAUACAGAGGUGCAGACAGAGAGAUCCAGUCAGUAAGACAGUUGAUGGUGAAUAUCCUGCAGAACCACACCAAGCUGGACCGGCCUGAUCACUGUCCUCCACUGGAACCAUACAGUUCUGUGGAGCUGCUCCCUCUGUUGGGUCAAAAGUCAGAUCACUACACCGCCAUCAUCAUAGAAGAACCAAACUCCUAUGUAGGACGAGAGGUGAUCUUGGACCUGCUGCAGUACUCAGGUGUAGAGGUGAAGAGAGCUCUGAGCUCUGAUCUCCCCCUGCUGGAUGCUCUGAAGAUCACAACCUUCCCCUCUGUUUACCUGCUGCACCCGAACACAACACACACACACCUGCAUGUUCAGAAGCGGUUGCGUUUCUUCUUCUCUUCCUUGUUGAGGACGUUACCAGGAGUUCAGCGCAGGUUGAAGUUGGGCAGCAGCAGCAGUACCAGUGAAGACCAGAUGGGGGCGCUGUCAGACAAACAGAGCACCGAGCCCUGGAGAGACUUCGACAGGUCAAAGGUGUACGCAGCUGAUCUGGAGUCAGCCCUCCACUACCUACUGAGAGUCGAGCUGGCUACCCAUAAUACCCUGGAGGGGGAGGAGCUGAAGAUCUUUAAGGACUUUGUCACUUUGGUCGCAAAGUUGUAUCCAGGUGGGGGUUCUGUGGUGAAGCUCAUGGAGACUCUCUCUGAUUGGCUGCUCAGUCUGCCGCUACCGCUAAUCCCCUACCAGGCUGUUCUGGACCUUGUGGACAACAAGAUGAGGAUUUCAGGUGUGUUCCUGGGGGCGGAGCUUCGCUGGGUUGGUUGCCAGGGCAGCAGGGCGGGGCUUCGAGGUUACCCCUGUUCCCUCUGGACUCUGUUUCACGUCCUGACCGUCCAGCAUGAUGCCACGCCCACUGCACUGGAGAACACAGGUCUGGAGGGCGAGGCGGCUCCGGUGCUGCAGGUGAUGCGUCGGUACAUCCGGACGUUCUUCGGCUGCGAGGAGUGCGGUCGACACUUUGAACAGGCAGCUGCUGUCAGUAUGGAGAAAGUCCAGAACAGAGAGGACCAGAUCCUCUGGCUGUGGAACCAACACAACAUGGUCAACUACAGACUGGCUGGCUCUCUGAGUGAUGACCCCCUCUUCCCUAAAGCUCCGUGGCCGAGCCCCUCCCUCUGCUCCUCCUGCCACGAGGAGAAAAAUGGCGUUCACGUCUGGAACAACGACAACGUCCUCUUCUUCCUCAGACAACACUAUGGAGCCUCCAACAUGUCCCCCAAAUACUCACUGACUCCCCCACGACUCCCUGCACCUCCUCCUGGUACCGAUCUUGUCCGGACCAGCCGGCCUCAGGAGGAGCACCAUGGAGGAGGAGGAGCAGCUGCAGCAGCAGCAGAAGGAGGAGGAGGAGGAGGAGGAGGAGGAGGAGGAGGAGAGAGGAAGGGGCCGGAGGAGAAAUCUGAGGAGCAGCCGGAGCCUCGACCCGGACACCAGGCUAUGAGGGAGGAGGUUCUGGAAGGAGGAGGAGGAGGAGGAGGAGGAGGUGUUUGGAUUCUUGGUCUGGGUUUUAACAGCGUGGACAUGAGUCUUUGUGUGGUGCUGUACGUCUGCUCCUGCCUCUUCCUCAUGCUCCUUUUCUUCUUCUUCAAAGUCCGAUCCAGGAGGUGGAAACUCCGACACUCCCGCCUCCACGUCUGACCAGACCAGUUUUACCCGGACCAGACCGGUUUAACCCGGACCACAACGGUUUAACCCAGACGAGAAUAUUUUAACAAGGACCAGACCAGUGUAACCCAGACCAGACCAGUUUAACCAGGAUCAAACUGGUUUAUGGAGGUUAAAGUGUAUAUCUGUAGUCCUGUUCUGGACUCUGUGGGUCUCUCGCACCUGUUUUAAGAGGCAGUCCACCCAAACCACAGAACAAUGCCCCCUGGUUGUACCUGUAGCCGGUAGACCUCUGACGGGCCAGGUAUAUGUUCACCUGUGUGUCAGACCUGGAUGUUCCCAAAGAGGGACAUGAUGGGAGACGAGUCAGCACACUGGGACUGAACUGGACCAGCCUGGUUCUGCUGAGUUCACUUUGUGCCAAAUGUUUUAACCUGCUGAGAGACGGCAAACCUUUCCUCUAAGGCCACGCCUCCAUCUACACAAACACUGGGCUGUGUGUGUGUGUGUGUGUGUGUGUGUGUGUGUGUGUGUGUGUGUGUGUGUGUGUGUGUGUGUGUGUGUGUGUGUGUGUGUGUGUGUGUGUGUGUGUGUGUGUUUCUCUAAACUGUGACACAUAGACCCGUCCUGAUGAAUUAUUGUCAUUGCAGACAAACUGAUUGAUUGAUUGGAAGUAUUUUAAUAAUUAGCUCAACAGUCACGUUCGAUCCUGCAGCACUGUGUUGUGGCGACUGCUGGCUGUUGAUUUUAAACACAAACUGCUGACAUCUAUAAAAGUUUCGAUUUGUACAAAUGAUUUGGUGAAUUAUAUAUGAGAAACUGAGCAGAACA